AUGUCGAACUCAAUCGAAGUGAAAUAUCGAAGACUAGGUGCAUGUGGUUUGAAAGUCUCUGUGCCAAUCCUUGGUGCAAUGAGCUUUGGUUCACCGGAUUGGACUGGGCCUUGGAUUCUAGAUGAAGAAAAGUCCUUUCCAAUUCUCAAAGCUGCCUGGGACAGAGGAAUCAACACCAUUGAUACUGCCAACGCAUACUCCAACGGCCUUUCUGAGCGCAUCAUUGGAAGGUUCAUCAAACAAUACAACAUCCCUCGAAACCAGAUCAUCAUCGCCACAAAAUGCUACAGCGUCGUCGCCAACACGCCAGCCGGGUUUCAAGGAAAACCUACUCCCAACACUCCAGAAUACAUCAACCAAUAUGGACUAUCUCGUGCUGCUAUAUUCAACGCCGUCGAGGCUUCUCUAGAACGCCUAGACACGCCAUACAUCGACCUUCUCCAAAUUCAUCGUUACGACCGUGAUGUGCCUGUUGAAGAAACGAUGAAAGCUCUACACGACCUCGUCCAAAGCGGGAAAGUCAGAUACAUCGGUGCAAGCUCAAUGCGCUGUUGGCAAUUCGCGCAUUUGAAUCAAGUAGCAGAGAAGAACGGGUGGACCAAGUUUGUAAGCAUGCAGAGCGAGUAUUCGUUAUUGUAUAGAGAGGAGGAGGAGCGGGAAAUGAUUCCUUACUACAAAUUCAACGGAAUCGGUCUCAUCCCAUGGGGCCCUGUUGCUGGCGGCCUUCUCUGCAGACCGUCGGGCACUGAAACCACUCGAAGCGAAGCAUACAAAAAACUAUGGAGCGUCAAUUCAACGAGGCUGACAAGGUAA